AUGUAUGCCAAGAGGUCUGAAGAACAGGGGCCACGCAGAGGAAGGUCUUUUGACUCUGUAAAUCAUGCUUAUGAGGAGAAGCAGCUCAACAAAGAAGUUAUAUUUAUUUUAUUUAUUGAGACCCAGGACAACAGGAGCAUCUCCUCUGGAAGGUCCACCAGCUCUGAGAAAGGCACUGUAACUAUCAUAUUCUCACUGAGAAAUGAAGUUGGUGGUCUAGUCAAGGCACUUAGGCUUUUCCAGGAAAAACAUGUCAACCUUGUUCAUAUUGAGUCCCGCAAGUCCAAACGAAGGAAUUCAGACUUUGAGAUCUUUGUGGAUUGUGACAGUGACCAUGAACAGCUCAAGGAGCUGACUCAGCUGCUAAGGAAGCAUGCUGAUAUUAUUGAGAUUACUCCAUUUGAAAACUCCACUCUGUCUGAUGAUGAUAUUGCUGGUGUGCCCUGGUUCCCUAAGAAGAUCUCUGAUUUGGAUCUGUGUGCAAACAGGGUUUUGAUGUAUGGCUCUGAAUUAGAUGCAGAUCAUCCGGGAUUUAAAGACAACACGUAUCGUAAAAGAAGAAAGUAUUUUGCUGAUUUGGCUAUGAGCUACAAGCUUGGUGAUCCUAUUGUUCGUAUAGACUUCACACCAGAGGAGGUGCGUACUUGGGGAGUGGUGUUCAGGGAGCUCAACAAGUUGUACCCCAGCCAUGCCUGCAAGGAGUAUCUGAAGAACCUCCCUCUGUUGACCAAAUACUGUAACUACAGUGAAGACAACAUUCCACAGCUGGAGGACGUUUCACACUUCCUCAAGGAACGUUCAGGCUUCAUCAUUCGGCCAGUAGCAGGGUACCUCUCCCCCAGAGAUUUUCUGGCAGGCCUGGCCUUCAGAGUAUUCCACUGCACUCAGUAUGUCCGCCACAGCUCCGAGCCUUUGUAUACACCUGAACCAGACACAUGCCAUGAACUGCUGGGUCAUGUUCCUCUGCUGGCUGAGCCCAGCUUUGCCCAGUUCUCUCAAGAAAUUGGUUUAGCAUCACUGGGAGCGUCAGAUGAUGCUGUACAGAAACUGGCCACAUGUUAUUUCUUCACAGUGGAGUUUGGUCUGUGUAAGCAGGAUGGUAGGCUGAGGGCUUAUGGAGCUGGACUCCUCUCCUCCAUCAGUGAACUCAAGCAUGCUUUGUCUGGCAAGGCCCACAUCCUUCCAUUUGACCCCAUGGUGACCUGUAAUCAGGAGUGCUUAAUAACUACGUUCCAAGAUGUUUACUUUGUUUCCGACAGUUUUGAGGAAGCCAAGAACAAAAUGAGGGAGUUUGCUAAGACCAUUUGGCGUCCAUUCACAGUCCACUACGACCCCUACACCCAGAGUGUGGAUGUCCUGAAGGACACCAGCAGCAUCAACAGCAUGGUGAAAGACAUCCGGCAUGAGCUGGACAUUGUAGAAGAUGCCCUGAAUCGACUCAACAAACACCUGAGAGUCUGAGAGUUGGUUGUUAUGAG